UAUCUUGCGAAGUGAGAGUGACUGAAACACACGUUGUUGAUCCUUUUGAAGAUAGAUGGUUGACUAAGGCUAAGUAGCAUAUCCAUAUGUUGUAGAUUUUUCCGAUAAAAUGGGGAAUGCAACGUCAGCUUGCUGUUCAAUCGAUAAGGUGGAGCAUGAGCGCGGAUCGGUCUUCGUCGAAGGGCCAUCUUCUCCAGGUGUAGGUGGAAAUUAUGGCCUCCGGAUGGGAUAUGCAUAGUUUUUUACCUCUCAUUCUCAUCUAAUUCACACUCUCUCAUUCUCAAAUUCAUCUUGAUGUAAAUCCUCAUUGAGAAGCAAAUAGAUUUAAGAGGCAAAAAUACGUAUCCUCCAGAUCAUCCACGACCACCACAUCGAACAAUUUGUUCGAGAUGAAGAACUAGAGUAGUACGCAGGAGCUCUAACUUCAAGUUCAACAAGGCAGCUACGACCCAAGUACGCAGACUGGCUAUGUCGAGAGGCGAUUUCCAGAUGGCGGAGAGUUCAAAGGGUAUCUGAAGAAUGGUAUGAGACAUGGGCUAGGGAGAUAUGUCUACCCGGAUGCAACCUCAAUCUUCGAAGGGGAGUGGAGGGACGACAAGUGCAACGGCCAAGGCAAGUUGAAAGACGACGAAUCAGAGUAAUUCUUUUUGUUGAUUGGAGCUUACAACCUAUGGCUAUGUGGUCUAGUAUUUAUAACAUACACAUAUCAGAUCUUCAUUCCGCAGGCUUUAUGGCUGUGGCUCCUCGUCUCGGCGAAAAAACGGAUAGGAGUGUAAGAAAGUAGCUCAAUAUUGCUCUUUUUAGUUUCAGUCCUAACAGCUAUCGUUUAUUCAAUAAUACCGUGAACAAGAUGUCCUAAUUCGUUUCCUUGUCUUUGAUGAACAAAACGUGUUUUCUUGAAACUUCUACCAACUUACAAAAGUUGCAAUUCGCUAACACACGUAACGUUACUUAGAGAUCUCGAGCAAGUCUCGUUCUUGCUGGUAGGAUGCGCCACAUUUUCUCGUCACGUCCUCCACCUCAUCCUUACUGGAAGUGAAAGCUAAUCGUCAUUGUCUCAGAUGAUCAAUGACAAAAAGAUGGUAGGGCUGAGGUUGACAGGAUCGCCGUAAUAUUGAUGGUUCUCCAUUUUUGCACAAGCGCAGGCUCUCUGUAGAUGAGUUCUCUCCUGCGGCGGACAAGAACUGCAGGCAGCCGAUGUUGACGACCACCUCCUACAACAUGCAGCGAAGUGCUGCACUUCGGAGAUCAUGCCGCAAGCGGCCUCGACCAAGGACAUCAUCUCGAUCUCCACUCGUCUCGUUGUCGCUCCUC